GAGACUACAUCGGAAUGAAUUGUUUGGUGCAAACGAAAGGUGUGCGGAAAGUAAAGGCAUUUGCCUUUCGUUCACAAUACAUAACAUAGAAGAGAAAUACUCUGAUAGUCACCAUAGCCACGCUUAGAAAUAGUUACAAAGUGUUGUCUGUAGACUCGAUAAGUGCCGCGUUUCGUAUUCGUGGAGCAUCCAAUCAAACGCGGCCAAAUGUUACAAAAUUGUAGUCCCUUCCCUCUCUCUCCCCAAGUGGCUCGCCUGCGGAAAGAUGUGUUCGUGCAAGUAGCCUCCGUCUGACCAUACAAGCCUGUAUCUAACUAAAACUAGAGACCGAGCGAACACGCGAUGCUUAAAAUGAUUCAUAUUUGGUUUCAGUUGAGGAGUUCAACGGUUGUUUGCAUCGCGACCAUUUUCGGCCUGUCAAACUUCGCAUUUUGCCAGAAGACUGAAGUUAGUCCUGAGAAAAGUAUUGUGUGGGGUCCUGGGCUGGAUCCAAGAGUUGUAGUUCCAGUGCGAUACUUCUACAUUCAGGCAGUAGACUCGACCGGACAAAACUUCACCACGUCUCCAGGUAAAGAUGCGUUUAAGGUGCAGAUUACAUCUGCGUCAGGGAAGGAGCAUAUCCGUAUCCACGUUCCUCUUCCCCUGGAUAGAGAAGAUGGGUCCUUCCUGGUGAGGUACCGGCUAUACACCACCCCCAGCUCAGAUCUCUCAGUGCAGGUCCUGCACAAGAAUAAACCAGUGGCCAAAUCACCUUACAUCCUCACAGGCCCAGUGUAUCACGAGUACUGUGCCUGCCCUGAGGAGGACGCUGGGGACUGGCAGGCGGCGUUGGACUGCCCAGCCGGUGACCCUCAGGUUGAAGCCGACUUUGAGACGUUCCCUUUCAUCGACCUGGCGCGGCUGAGCCAGGAAGUGCCUCAGCGCUUCGCCCAGAGGGGCGGCCUGAUCCACUACACCAUCCUCAACAACCAGCUGCACCGCCGCACGCAGGGCAAGUACACCGACUUCAAGAUGUUCUCCGACGAAAUGCUGCUGUCAGUCAUGAGAAAGGUGCGUCUGCCAGAUGUGGAGUUUUACAUGAACGUUGGCGAUUGGCCAAUGGAGAAGAGGAACAUGGGCGAGUCGCCGGGACCCGUGCCCGUCAUCUCAUGGUGCGGCUCCACGGACACACGUGACAUCAUCCUGCCCACCUAUGACAUCACACAUUCCUCACUGGAGACCAUGAGGGGUGUGACCAAUGACCUGCUCUCUAUCCAAGGACACACAGGCCCGGUGUGGUCCAAUAAGACAGAGAAGGCUUUCUUUAGAGGCCGAGACAGUCGGGAAGAGCGCCUCCACCUGGUCACCCUGUCCAAAGACAACCCUCAGCUGCUGGACGCCGGGAUCACAGCGUACUUCUUCUUCCGGCAGCAGGAGAAGGAGCUCGGCAAAGCACCACUGAUUGGCUUCUUUGACUUCUUCAAUUAUAAGUACCAGGUGAAUGUGGAUGGCACAGUGGCUGCAUACCGGUUCCCUUACCUGAUGCUGGGCAACAGUCUGGUCCUGAAACAGAAGUCUCCAUACUAUGAGCACUUCUACACACACAUGAAGCCUGGAAAACAUUACAUCCCUGUGGACAGAAACCUUGCAGACCUCAUACAAAAGAUCAAGUGGGCUAAGGACCAUGAUGCCGAAGCAGAGAGUAUAGCUAAAGAAGGCCAGCGAUUGGCCAGGGAGCUGCUUCAGCCCCACAGACUGUAUUGCUACUACUACCUGGUCUUACAGACCUAUGCGUCACGGCAAGUGGGUCAACCGACAAUACAUCCUGACAUGGAGCUGGUGCCACAGCCAUCCGACCACGCAAGCCUCUGCUCCUGCCAACGUGGGCCUCAGGCCAGUGGGGCCAGCCCCAGGAAAGAUGAGUUAUGAUGGACAACACACGCACAUUAUGAUGAAUAAAACAGAAGACGUGUUAUGAACUUCAUGACAAACAAGCCGAGUUCCGAUGGAAAAGACAGCUGGAGCGAAACAUUUCUAUGAACAGUAUUUCAGGAGAGGUUCUAAAACAAAAGGGGAGAAUACUUCUGAUGAACAAAGGGGGGGGGGGGGGGGGGUAGCGGAGGGGCAAGCUAUAACAGAUGCAUCUCCAUUGGGGUAUAUGUCUUUAGUUAGUCCAAUUACGGUGCUGAAACCUGGCAAAAAGACUCUUGGGAAACGCUACCUUGGGCUUUAGUCAGUGUAGUUUAGGACACAACCCCCAGGAGAGAUCUGCUUCAGAUAUGCUGGGCUCAACAAGAGAGGAGAGCUUUUAGGAACCUUACAUAAUGACGGCAAGGAAAGGUUUAUAGGUACGUAAUUACUGAAUGACUGAAUUACUGAAUGUUUUUUUUUUAACUUACUGAACUGUGCCGACUCUUGUUGGUAUUAUCAUCGUUAUUAUGGAAGGAGGGGACAACAGUUGGAACAAUUGGAUCACUAAUUGUCGUCACUUCGUGCCAAAAAUAUAUAAAAAAAGACAUCAAAUGACCCAAUAUUUAUGUAAUACAUUUCUUGUCAGAUCAUGUAUGUAUGACUGCAGUGUUCAAGCCCUUAACUAUUUCACCUGGGUUUAAUGGUGUUACAUCCACCAGCUGUGUGUAUGGCCUUGUCAAUUUAAAAGCACAGUUAGGACUGUAUUACUCAACAGUGACCUUAAUGUGUACACAAGUUGUCUGUAUGGUGGUAAAUCAUAUUAUAGUGCCUAAAUGUUAUAGUGCCAAAAUGUUUUUCACUGAAAAGAGCUGUUUACAUUUAUUUAAAAAUAAGCUGAAAAUGUCCUAUUAUUAUCCUGGAAAUUGGGGAGAUGUUAAGGUGACAGUCAUCACCAGAACCGUGUUUUAGUUACAUCUGUGAAUUACGACAUACCACAAUGACCUCACCUCAAUCAUUUAAAGUAUAUAAUGAACUGUACGCUGCACUGUGGAAUUUCUCUGCUACAUUGCCAAGGGCUAAGUACAUUUGUUGAAUACACAUGUGGUUUAGAGUAACCAUAUUGACUUAGCAGAUAUUUUUCUCUGUGAUACGAAACUAUUUUCAAUGAACAGCAUGAAGAGGUGUUUGGAUGAGAGUAGAGAAUUAAUGUGACUAGUGGAGUGAAAAUGUAAAACAGGGAGUCCCACUGAUGUAUUACUUUGUUGUGCCCCUGAAGAUGCACUAAAAUUUCACAUUAUUAUUGUCAGCACUGUAGUCUUUUUACAUGUGCUAUACUGAAAAUAAACCAUUUCAACACUU